CGCUAGAAUUCUCGCACUCGCUCACGAUAAGUCGUAGUGAGAACAUUAGGCAUUUCACAGUACCUGGCUGUCAAGUGGGCGAAAUAUUUGAGCAAUCUUAUCGUCCCCAAUCAAAGAUAAUAGGACACACUUGCAGAAAAAUGGAAGUCAUUUUCACCAUAAAUGGGAAGACCUUCUCAGUCGAUCCCAAGACUGUACCUGUUGAUACGUCGCUGAACACCUUCAUCCGGAAUCAUGCCCAUCUCAGUGGCACGAAGUUUAUGUGCUUGGAAGGAGGAUGUGGUGCCUGUAUCGUCAACGUUAACGGAAUCCAUCCAGUCACCAAGGAGAAGUCUUCGUGGGCUGUGAACUCGUGCUUGUUCCCGGUGUUUUCCUGCCAUGGACUGGACAUCGUUACCGUGGAAGGUAUUGGAGACAAGCAUGAUGGCUACCACGUCACCCAAAAGGUGUUGGCACACUUCAAUGGGACCCAAUGCGGAUAUUGUUCGCCGGGAAUGGUCAUGAACAUGUACAGUCUGUUGGAAUCCAACAAGGGUCAGGUUUCGAUGGCCGAAGUUGAAAAUGCCUUUGGAGGUAACAUGUGCCGUUGUACCGGUUAUCGACCCAUUCUCGAUGCAUUCAAAUCACUGGCCUAUGAUGCGGAACCUAGACUGAAAGAGAUCUGUAUGGACAUCGAGGAUCUGAGCAAGAUGUGUCCAAAAACUGGAUCUCCUUGUUCAGGAAAAUGUUCUGCUGCGGGAAAAGUGUCCGACAGAAAGGGUGUACAUAUGACUUUCGCUGAAGACAAAGAAUGGCACAAAGUGUACAACGUAAGUGAUGUCUUCGCUAUUUUUGAAAAGAUUGGAUCAAAACCGUACAUGCUAGUCGCUGGAAAUACUGCUCAUGGAGUCUACCGUCGAUGUGACAAACUUCAGGUAUUCGUCGAUGUUAGCUCCAUCGAGGAGCUACGAUCAAAUUCUCUUGGUAACAACUUGAUAAUUGGAGCUAACGUGUCACUGACGGAACUGAUGAGCAUCCUGACCAACGCAGCGAGUAAAAAUUCGAGCUUUGGAUACUGCAAUGAGCUUGUCAAACACAUUGAUUUGAUUGCCAACGUUCCAGUGCGUAAUACCGGAACGAUUGCUGGAAAUUUGAGCAUCAAGAACCAGCACAAAGAGUUUCCCUCUGAUUUGUACCUUAUUCUGGAAGCUGUUGGAUCUACUUUAACUAUUAUGGAAUCCGGCGGAAAGACUAGCGUUGUUACACCUUCGCAAUUCGUCAAUCUGGAUAUGAAGAAAAAGUUAGUUUUGAACAUCAUUGUUCCUCCGUUGGAUCCCAAGUUCUAUGUUUUCCGUUCCUUCAAGAUCAUGCCACGAGCCCAAAAUGCACAUGCUUACGUUAACGCCGCUUUCUUGCUGAAAUUCAAUGAGAACAAAACCAAAGUGGAAGCUGCAUCCAUUUGCUUUGGUGGUAUCAAUCCCAGCUUCACCCACGCCACUUCAACCGAAAACUACCUUGUUGGAAAAAAUCUGUUUGAGAACGCGGUCGUCCAAGAGGCUCUGAAAACGCUCUCGAACGAGCUUCAACCAGAUUGGGUUCUACCGGAUGCAUCUCCAGAGUAUCGCAAAAAUCUAGCAAUAUCUCUGUUCUACAAGUUUAUUCUGAAUAUCGCCACUGAUGGAACCGAAACUCCUAUCAAACCAUCGUUCAAAUCUGGUGGAACGGUUCUUGAACGCCCAGUUUCUACUGCUUCACAACGUUUCGAUACGAUUAAGGAAAACUAUCCUCUGACGAAGAACAUUCCCAAGAUAGAAGGCCUUGCGCAAACAUCUGGCGAAGCUAAAUACGCCAACGACUUACCGGCACUUCCUAAUGAGUUAUACGCGGCAUAUGUGCUGGGAACCGAACCACAUGCCCAAAUUCUGAAUAUUGAUGCUUCGGAAGCUCUGAAAAUUCCUGGCGUGGUGGCAUUCUUUUCAGCGAAAGACAUUCCUGGCGUUAACAACUUCAUGUAUUUCGCAGGAUUCAUGGGCGACGAAGUAGAACCGAUUUUCAGUGCUGGUAAAGUCGAAUACCAUGGGCAACCGAUCGGUAUGGUCGUCGCGGAAACCUUUGCUCUUGUGAAUCGAGCUGUUAAAGCCGUCAAAGUUACGUACAGCAAGCCAGAAAAGAAGGAUAUCUACCCUACAGUUCAGGAUGUACUGAAAGCGAAGGCCAAUGAGCGCAUCAAAGAAAUGGGCUACAGCACUCACGGGGACAACUACGACAAAGCUUCCGAAGGGGAUCUGAAAGUCAAGGGACAUUUUGAAAUCGGCGGACAGUAUCACUACUAUAUGGAAACACAAACGUGCGUCUGUAUCCCCAUCGAGGACGGCAUGGACGUGUACUCUUCAACGCAAUGGGUUGACUUGACCCAGAUGGCAAUUGCUAGAAUGUUGAAAGUACCUCAGAAUAGUCUUAAUUUGUACGUUCGUAGACUUGGUGGUGGUUAUGGUGGUAAGGGAACUCGUGCGACUAUGGUUGCUUGCGCUUGUGCCCUUGCGGCUCAUUUGACCAAAAGACCGGUUAGGUUGGUUAUGACCUUGGAGGCUAACAUGGAGGCCAUUGGUAAACGUUAUCCAGUUGUCUCUGACUACGAGGUAGACGUUGACAAGAAUGGAAAGAUUGUAAAGUUGUACAACGAAUACGUGCAUGAUUUUGGAUCCACAUUCAACGAAUCAAUGGGCCAUGCAGGAGAAUUUUUCAGUAAUUGCUAUGACAAAAGCGUCUUCAAGACAGUCGCCAAAGGUGUUCGUACGGACUGUGCCAGCAAUACAUGGUGUCGUGCUCCAGGUACAACUGAAGGAAUUGCUAUGAUUGAAACCAUCAUGGAACAUAUCGCUUUUGCUACUGGAAAGGAUCCCCUGGAGGUUCGCCUUGCUAACAUGCCGGAAGGUAUCAAAAUGAUUGAAUUGAUGCCAGAAUUCCGUGCGGAUGUUGAGUACGAUACCAGAAUGAAGCAAAUUGAACAGUUCAACGAAGAGAAUCGUUGGCGAAAGCGUGGAAUAGCCAUCGUUCCAAUGAGAUAUCCUUUGGGCUACUUUGGAUCACUGUCAGCCAUUGUCACCAUUUAUCAUGACGAUGGAACAGUUGCUGUCUCCCACGGUGGUAUCGAAAUGGGACAAGGCAUGAACACUAAAGUUGCCCAAGUUGUUGCUCAUAUUCUUAACAUUCCUAUGGACAAAGUUAUCGUCAAGCCCACAAACAACCUUACUGCACCCAAUGCGAUUUGCACUGGUGGUAGUAUGACUACUGAAACGGUAUCUUAUGCUGCUAAACGUGCUUGCGAAAUCAUUUUGGAGCGAAUGAAGCCAGUUCGCGAAGAAAAUAAGGACGAUUCCUGGGAAACAUUGGUUGAGAAGUGCCACCAUAAGAGCGUUGACCUUUCCGCAACAUACAUGUACAAAGCUUCGGAUUUAACUCCAUACAUUAUCUGGGGAUUGAGCUGCUCGGAAGUCGAGGUGGACAUUCUUACCGGAAAUGUGCAGCUGCGCCGUGUGGAUAUUCUCGAAGAUGUCGGUGAAAGCUUGAGUCCAGGAAUUGACGUGGGACAAAUCGAAGGAGCGUUCAUAAUGGGACUGGGGUACUAUCUAACCGAGGCACUGGUAUUUGAUCCAGAAAAUGGAGCUCUUCUGACAAACCGUACCUGGACCUACAAACCUCCGGGCGCUAAAGACAUUCCUGUUGAUUUCCGAGUUCGUUUCCUGCAGAACAGUACGAAUGCUACUGGAGUUUUGCGUUCGAAAGCAACCGGAGAGCCGGCAAUGAACAUGACCAUUUCAAUAAUUUUUGCAUUGAGACGUGCUUUGUUGGCUGCCCGUAAGGAUGCCGGAUUGCCAUCCGAGUGGGUCUCGGUUGGCGCACCAUCGACGCCAGAUCAAAUCUAUAAGUUAGCUGGCAACUCGGUUGAACAUUUCACUCUAAAUUAAAUUGGAUUGAGAUAACAUUUAUAAUUUUACAGGAAUGAACAUAGUAUUAUGAGAUGGGUAAUUAAAUAUAAAAUAUUUUAUAUCUUGAUCAUAUACCCACAUUUAUGUACCAACAGUAUAUCACAUAUAUUAUGUAUAAAUAAAUAAUAAACUAAAAAUAA